AUGUCUGCUGCCACGCUGCCAACUCGCAAAUCCCACCCCCGACACAACCCUCGAGACAAGGCCUUGCCUCUCCCGAUCAACGGACGGAUAGCAUGGCCGCUGCCCGCAUUAGCUCUCCCAGCACAAGGGUCCGGCCUGCUUUUGUCUCUGCCGCCGGCCCUCAGUCUAGCGCCAUCGACCUGUCACCACAACGUCUCUUGGGUUCCUGAGAAUCUGAUUGCCCCCGACCCAGAACCAUAA